AUGUCGUCGGUUCUGACCAAAGACGAGCUGGCGCUGGCCGACACGGCAAUUGGCGAGCGGCUGCCUUACGACGCAUACACGACCAUUGAUUGGCUGCAUGAUCUGGUCAAAGACGCCUUCCGCUACCGCACCGUCAAGAGCCAGCGGGGCGUGCGCGGGGCCUUCGCGGCCGCGUACGAGGAUUACCAAGGCUGGAUCGCCGCCGUGCUCGUGGGCAUUCUCACGGCGUUUGUGGCCUGGUUUGUCGACUUCGCCGAGUCGUCGUUUGGGGACCUCAAGUUUGGCCACUGCACGCGCAACCCGUUGUUCGGACGCGAGGCCUGCUGCUACCCCAAGGAGGCGUGCGAAGACUGGCGGCUGUGGGCCGAAGGCCACUUCGGCUCGUCGUUUGCCAUCUACGCGGGCGUCGCCUGGGCCUUGGCCAUGGGUGCCGGGCUUGUCACAAAGCUCACGCGCGCCGAGAUCCCGGCCUUUGCUAGCCACGAUGAAGCGUCGCCAGGCAUAUCUCCAGGUCACCAAAGCAGCGGUGAUGCUCACCAUAGCAAGGCACCAAACAAGAUCAUAUACAUGGCAGCAGGGAGUGGCAUCCCCGAAAUCAAGCUGCUGCUUUCGGGAUUCGAGUUCCCUAACCUCUUGAGCUUCAAGGUGCUGGCCGUCAAGGCAGUUGGCGCGUCUCUUGGCGUUGCUUCGGGCCUGUGUCUCGGGAAGGAGGGGCCAUUUGUCCACAUUUCGACGAGCGCAGGCUACGUCGUGGCUAGGCUGUUCCCGCAAUUUCGAGAAAACGGCCGCCAGCUGCGCGAGAUGCUUUCUGUGGCAUGCUCUUCCGCACUCGCAGUGGCUUUUGGAUCUCCAGUCGGGGGUGUCUUGUUUGUGUACGAGGAAAUGAGCAGCCAGUUUCCCAGAAAGGUGCUGUGGCGGGCGUUUCUAUGCUCGCUAGUCGCGGCCAUGACUCUAAAGGCGCUCGACCCAACGCGAACAGGGCGGCUGGUGCUGUUCGAGACCAACUUUGGUGUCGUGUAUAAGCCGCACAAUUAUGUAUUCUUCCUGUUUCUCGGCGUCUGUGGGGGCCUGUUUGGAGCGGUAUUCUGCAAGGGAAGCAUCUUCUGGACGUCCCGUAUGAAGAGCUUCAUCAACAAGUAUCCGCUUACGGAGCUGUCCAUGAUCGUGCUUCUAACCGCGCUCCUUCAGUACCCAAACCCGAUCACACGCCAGCCGGCGCUGUUGAUGAUCAAGCAUCUUCUAAAGGACUGCGAUCAUGGCGAUCAGACCUGGAUCUGCGAGCAGGAGAAGCUGGACGACAAGUCGGCGUACUAUGGGUGGCUGGUUUAUGCCAGCGUGGUGAAGAUUGUUCUCACCGUCCUCACUGCAGGGACAAAAAUUCCGUCGGGCCUGAUCGUUCCGGCUCUGGGGGCUGGUGCGGUAUUUGGCCGCCUGGUCGGGCAGCUUGUGCCAAACACGUCGCCCGCCAUCUUCGCCAUGGUCGGCGCAGCGGCCUUCCUGGCGGGCGUGUCACGAAUGACGGUAUCGCUGACGGUGAUCAUGCUCGAGCUCACUGGCGAAGUCGAGUACAUUCCUCCUUUUAUGAUUGCCAUCUUGACUGCCAAAUUUGUCGUCGACGCGCUGCACGAGGAGGGUGUCAACGACCACACGGUGCUGGGCGAGUACCUAGAGCACGAGCAUGCAACCGAUAUCGUGCGCAGCCACGGGGGGCUCGUAGAGGACCUAAUACCGUCGUCACAGAGCAUGGCCGACAUGACGGUGCACGUGGGGCCCGAGUCCAAGAUGAUCAAGCAAACGCUGGCACACAAGCUGCGUCGGAUGCAGCGCCACGGGCUGCGCGAUGCGGCGCUGGUGCUGGUUGACGAGGGCGAGCAGCUCCACGGCAUCAUCUCCGAGGCCGAACUCGACUUUGCUCUGCGCGCCGACGGGUUUCUGUCGGACAGCGAGCCAUUCGACAUGCUCACGGGCCCGCUGUCGCCGUUUGUUGACAGGAGUCCGUUGACUGUCAAUGCCGCAGCGCCGCUCGAGAUGGUGGUCGAGAUGUUUUACCAGCUGGGACUGCGGCACGUCGUUAUUGUCGAGGAGGGCACUUCGAGGGUGCUCGGCGUGGUGCUAAAGCAGCAGCUCACAAUGCACUUGGAGCACUUGCGCACUUUGUAG